UCAAAUCCGGUUCUCCUCUGACUUGUUUUUGUGGUUUUGUUCGGGGACUAAAUUGGAGUGUUGUUGCGAUACACAGAGCGACUGCUGGACCAGUAGGGGAGGCUAACUGGAUGUUUCUGUCAACCACUCAUUACAGGAGAAACGCUUGGAGGGAAGAAGUUAAAGCUCUCCAUUCAUUCUGGGUCUCAAAGCUCAACCAUCGGUGUAGCAUUUGUGGUUUUGAGAAAAUACUGUGACAACUAGACGGAUUGCAGUGCUGCUGGAUUUCUGGUUUCUCACCCCCCAACCCUCUUCAAGUGAUGUAUUGUGAUUGCUUUAAAAGCUGUGGACCAGUUGUGUGGAGUCACAUUGUUUCUGUUCACAACACAUUAGGUGACCGGAGCAUCUGUCAGGAUGACUGAACGUCGAUGGAGGAGGAAGAGGAGGAAGAGGAGGAUCCUCCAGGACUGAUGGCUCAGAGACGAGCAGAGAGGCAUUUCGUUACCGUCAACAUCGCUCAGCGUUGAGGUUGCAAAGCAGCAAGACAUGCAGAUUUCAGGUGGUUUACACUCAGAGGUUCUGGUCGGGAAAUGAAACUGGUAAACGGACCUGGUGGAGCAGAGAGACAGAAAUGAUUGAACUCCAACAAAACUAUGAGGAAACUGAAGCUCCACGCCUUUCCUCAGAACUGAUCUGGAUCAGAACCGGUUCAGCAGCAUCUGGAUCAGCCAAUCAGCAGGAGUUUCCUCCUGCAUGUUUCUGCUGGUUCCAGUAGAAACGGUGAACUGGUGUCAGAGGUGAUCCACUGCUGGGAUCUGAUGGAAGUCUCUCUGUUUGUUCUGAGAGGAAGAAGAUGAAGAUGAUGAUGAAGAUGAUGAUGAUGAUGAUGAUGAUGAUCCUCAUCCUCCUGCUCGUUUCCCAGCAUGCUCUGGGUGGAGUGGUGGAGGUUAAUGAGGGGGCGGAGUCUGUCCUGCUGCCCUGCGAUUACUCUGGUCUUCUACCUGGAGAUCCGUUACUCAUCUGGACUCGCAGUGAUCUCAGUCCUAACUUCGUCCAUCUACGGAGUGAAAACGGUGACGAUCUUAAAAACCAGAACCAGCGUUUCAGAGACCGGACCUCCAUGAAUCCUGACGCUCUGGAUACUGGAAACUUCAGCCUGACUCUGAGGAAACCUCAACCGUCUGAUGGAGGAAACUACACCUGCAGCAUCUCUGAUGGAAGAGAAGAAUGGAAAGUGAAACAAAUUCAUCUGAAGGUCAAAGUUGAUCAGCAGGAGGUCAAGGUCACUGAAGGGUCAGGUUCUGUCGUCCUGCCCUGCACAACAUCAUCCCACCUUCCUGAGGACACAAUAGUGGAGUGGACCCGGUCAGAACCAGAAUUUAUGAUGGUUCACAGCAGCAACCAAAGAAACCAGGACGGUUUUUACCGCGACCGAACAGAGAUGAAGAAAGAUUUCCUGAGGACCGGAGACGUCAGCCUGACCCUGAGGAACCCCAGAGACGGAGACGGUGGACGCUACGUCUGCACCGUCUACAGAGACCAGGACGUCCUGAGACACACUGUGGUUCUGGAAUAUGAACCUUUUCCAUCCUGGGCCAAAGCUCUGCUGGUUCUGCUGGUUCUGCUGGUUCUCAUCGUCUCUGCAGUUUUAUAUCAUUUUAAAGAUUAUUUCCUGCCAGAUCCACUGAAGGUGGAUCCAUGGGUUAAAUCUGUCCUGCUGCCCUGCAUAACCAACGUCUGCCUGCCUGGAGGCGCUAGAGUGGAGUGGAAGAACGGACAGAACAAGUUGGUCCAUGUGUAUCCAAACGGUUCUGCUGAUCCUGAAGGACAGAACCUGACCAGCAGCAACAGAACCAGGAUGAAUGACGACCCACUGAAGACUAAAGACCUCAGUCUGACUCUGGAACGUCCCUCAGUUGCAGACAGCGGGAUCUACACCUGCAGAGUCUCCAUCAGGAAACGAGUCAUCCUGAUGAUGAAACGGGUUCAUCUCCAGGUCAAAGAUAUUGUUGCUCAGUAUCAGCCUGACCUUAAAGAGUUUCUGAAGAUGAAGUUCCAGAGUCUCUCUGAAGGCGUCGCUGAACAUGGAAAUAAAACCGUUCUGAACCAGAUCUACACAGAGCUCCACAUCACAGAGGGGUUAACUAGAGAGGUCAACCAGGAACAUGAGGUCAGACAGAUUGAAACAGCAUCCAGGAAACAAGAAACAAUCAGAAGAGAAGACAUCUUUAAAACCCCACCUGGAAGAGAUCAACCAAUCAGAACAGUGAUGACCAUGGGAGUGGCUGGCAUUGGGAAAACACUGUUAACACAGAAGUUCACUCUGGACUGGGCUGAAGGCAAAACCAACCAGAACAUUGAUUUCAUAUUUCCAUUCACUUUCAGAGAGCUGAAUAUGUUGAAAGAUAAAAAGUUCAGUUUGGUGGAACUGAUUCAUUACCACUUUGAAGAUAUUAAAGAUGCAGGAAUACGCAGCUUUAAAAAGUUCCAGAUUCUGUUUAUCUUUGAUGGUCUGGAUGAAAGUCGAAUUCGUCUGGAUUUCCAAAACACGAAAAUAUUAACUGACACUGAAAAGUCAACCUCACUGGAUGUUCUGGUGACAAACAUCAUCAGGGGGAAACUGCUUCCUUCUGCUCUCCUCUGGAUAACCACACGACCUGCAGCAGCCAAUCAGAUCCCUCCUCAGUGUGUUGGCAUGGUAACAGAGGUCAGAGGGUUCACUGACCCCCAGAAGGAGGAAUACUUCAGGAAGAGAUUCAGAGAUGAUGAAGAGAAGGCCAACAGGAUCAUCUCCCACAUCCAGAAAUCAAAAACUCUCCACAUCAUGUGUCACAUCCCAGUUUUCUGCUGGAUCACUGCUAAAGUUCUGGAGAAUCUGAUGGAGACCAGAGAGGGAGGAGAUCUGCCCAAGACCCUGACUGAGAUGUACAUAGAGUUCCUGAAGGUUCAACUCAAAAUCAAGAAGGAAAAGUAUGAUAGAGGAGAAAAGACAGAAUCAAUCUGGAGUCCAGAGAACAGGAAGCUGAUUGAGUCUCUAGGAAGACUGGCUUUUGAUCAGCUGCUGAAGGGAAACCUGAUCUUCUAUGACAAAGAGCUCAAACAGUGUGACAUCAACAUCAAAGAUGCUGCGUUGUUCUCAGGAGUUUUCACUGAAAUGUUUAAAACAGAGAGAGGAGUGAACAACAAAUCAGUUUACUCCUUUGUUCAUCUGAGCAUCCAGGAGUUUCUGGCUGCAGUCUACAUGCUCCACUGUUUCACCAGCAGGAAGUCAGAGGUGAUCCAGACGUUCCUGGGAGAAAAAUACAGAGAAACAUCUCUAGAUGAGUUUAUGAAGAAAGUCAUGGAGAAAUCCCUCAGCAGUAAAAAUGGCCACCUGGACCUGUUUGUCCGCUUCCUUCAUGGUCUCACUGUGGAGUCCAACCAGAACCUCUUAGAAGAUCUGCUGGGUCAGAGAGAGAACAGUCCAGAAACCAUCCAGAGAAUCAUCACCAACCUGAAGAAGAUGAACACUGAUAGAAUCUCUCCUGACAGAAACAUCAACAUCUUCUACUGUCUGGUGGAGAUGAACGAUCUCUCAUUUUAUCAGGAGAUCCAACGGCUGCUGGAUUCAGGGAAGCAUCUCUCAGUGACUGACUGUUCAGCUCUGGCCUUCAUGCUGCAGAUGUCAGAGGUUCUGGAUGAGUUGGACCUGGAGAAGUACAACACAUCAGAAUCAGGACGAGUGAGACUGGUUCCAGCUGUGAGGAACUGCAGAAAGGCUCGACUUGGUGGCUGUUUGCUCCAUCAGGAUGAAUGUAAAGUUUUGGCCUCAGCGCUGAAGUCCAACCCAGAUCUGACUGAACUGGAAAUAAAUGAGAUCAUCAUAGAUGAAGGUGGAGAAUCUGAUCUGAAGCCUUUGGUUGAGAUCCUGGAGAGUUCAGUCAGUAAAGUGAAGAAUCUGAGAUUGAAUCUCUGCAGGUUGUCAGAGACCAGCUGGACUUCUCUGUUCUCAGCUCUGAAGUCCAAACAGACCCAUCUGACAGAACUGAACAUGACCGGAACCAACCUGAAAGAUUCUGGACUGAAGGAUCUCUGUGGUUUUCUACAGACUGAAGGCUGCAGACUGGAGACAUUGGGAUUGCAGAGCUGCUGGUUGUCAAAGAUCAGCUGUGAUUAUUUGGCUUCAGCUCUGAAGUCCAACAGCCUCCAUCUGAAAGAACUGGACCUGAGAGGAAACGACCUGAAUUAUUCAGAUGUUCAGCAGCUGAAGGAUCUUGUAGAUGAUCUAAAGUUGGAAUUGUUCACUCCACAGUAGAGAAUGGACUCUGUGUCCUGCUGAUCCUCAGAGGUUGAAGCUGCAGCAGUUUGAGUCUAAAUAGACUUUGACUGGAUCAUGAUGAUGACCUCUGACCUCAAAGAUUUUCCUCCUGUUUAUUUUCUCAUGUCUGUCAUUUAGUGUCUGAUAUUGUUUGUCUCUUUGGAUCAAUAAAGAUCCAAUUCAAA